AUGGGCCUCAGUGAUCCAUCGGUUGCCAUCUACAUUGCCGAAUGUCAACGAGUCCUCAAGAAAUCUGGCCUAACGUACGAAAUGCACGGUUACGGCACUGGCUUAGAGGGUGAGUGGGAGCAGGUCAUGAAUGCAAUCAGGGACUGUCACGAUGCUGUGCACAAGAUGGGCUGCCCAAGAACAGACCGCGAAGGUGCGAGCAACGCAGCGAAGAAGCAGAGAGUCGUAGAUAUUCUGCAAAAGGACGAAAGCAGGCCAGCGUAG